AUGUCUCGGAAAAAUAGGCCUACUGCAGCAUCAUGGGAUAGUGAUGAAGAUCUUCUUCAAGAUGAUAUUCUUGGAAUCAGUGCAUUUCAAAGUUCUAAGGAAAAAGAAGAAUCUGAUGAAGAACUUGAUGAAGAUGCACUUCUUGGCAGUGACAAUGAAUAUGGUGAUACUACUGUGGAAAAGGAGCCUGUACCAGUUAAAGUUGACAAAACGUUGACUUCUAAUACUGCAUCAGCUAUUCCUACACAACCUCAGUAUCAAAGUCAUGUCAAAGCUAAUGAUGAACAUGAUGUGGAAGAAUAUGAACUUCUUGAAGUUCCUUCAGAUGCCGACUUUGAAGGUGAAGAUGUCAUUGAAGUGGCUGAUCCAUCUGAACUUGAUGGUUUUGAGAAUGGAGGUGGAAAUUUAGUGGAAGUAAACCAAGAUGUUACAUCUGAGGAUUUUGGUGCUGGAGACAUAAGUGGACAGCCUCUUGAAGGACUUGGUAAUGAGGGAUACACACAUCCUGUGGAUGACUAUGAAUCAUUCCAGAGUCAAGAAGAGGACUAUGAAGAUAAAACCAUUAAAGGUUUUGAUGAGAGUAGUGAGAGUGAGGAUGAAGAAAAAGGGCGUGGUCGUUUUAUCAGUGAACGAUCCAACAUCAUUUCUAUUGCAACCACCAAACCCAAAACAAGAACAGACAUUCCAGAUACUUUAGAGAUAAGUGAAGAGCAGCAAGCUCAGAUUGAUCAGUUUUUGAAUGAGCGUAGCCGCCGUGGAAGUCGACGUGGGUACCGAGGUGGGCAAGAUCGUAACAUGCGAGGUAACCGACAAUCUGUUUAUGAUGCUUGGCAAGAACGAUCCAAUAUGAAUUCAAAGCAACCAGCUCCUCACCAAAUACCAGAACACAAGAGAACAUCACAUUAUCAUCAACCACCUGUCCCAAGCAUGUCUCGUAGUGAAGGUGAAGUUUAUCCUAUCACUAUCACAUGCCAGGGCAACUACAAUGCUUCGCAUAAUCAACCCCACAAUAGCAAUCAAUCUCGCCAAGAUUCUCAACAGCAUCAUUACCAUCACCAGAUUCAACAGCCACCACUUCUCCCAUCCCAUCCAUCUCAGCCUGCCUCUCAUCAAAGCCAUAUGUACCAGCACCAAUCUGUUGUCAGCCAACAUGAAGCUGCUAUUUCCCCUCACUACACACAACCACCCUCAGUUAACCCAGCUCCCCAACUAGCAGCUCCAGUCUCAACUGCCACUGUGCAGUUAACACAGGGUAACAAUACCACUUCACAUCAACAAGGGAGAAAGAUUCUUAUCAACCCUCAUUUCAGAGGAGCUAAACUAGAUGCUCCAUCUCCUCAAGCUCCUCCUGUUAUCUCUUCAGCGUCAGCAAUGGCAUCUACUUCUUUAUUGCCACAGCCACAUCGACAUUAUCAGCCUGUUCCUCAACAGACUACUUAUGUACAUCAUACUCCUGAAGUAUGGCAAUCUUCAGCUCAGCCCCAACAUUCUUAUCCAUCAAGUAACCAGCCAGUAAUGCAUUCACAGACACAUUAUGGUCCAGUUUCCCAGACAUACCAAGCUGCACCAGGUCUUCAGCAUCAAAGUCUCCCACAUCAGCCAGUUCAACAAAUGGCUGCAGCACCUUCAGUAGUAACACAAAUUAAUCCAAUUCCUUCUCAGUAUUCAGGUGCUCCUCAGCCAAUUCAAAGUUUGGCCCCUGUGCCAAAUCAGCAACCAGCUGGUGUGUAUCCAUCUAGUCAACAGUACCAGUCAGCCGUUCCUCCCAGGCCAGUAGCUGACCAGUCUCUGAUGUUCCGACAACCACCCCCACAGUUACCACCUGCUCCACAAGCACCACCUUCUCACUUCAUUUCAUCCCCACCCCAACAACCACCGCCACAGUCUCCCCAACCCCAACAACAUCCACCCCUUCAUCCCUCUCAUAUCCAUCCACCUCUUCAAACUUCCAUCCCACCUCCCCAUCAUAAUACUGGCGGUGCACCACCAUUACAACAGUCAUUCCAGUCUCGACCUCAGUACCAAGUGCAAUCAGCCCCACAUCCGACACAGCCACCAACUCAUCAGAUGCCUCCACCCCAACACCAGCUUCACCAUCCUGGAAAUGCACAGAAAAUACACCCUCCUCAGAGUCCCCACCAGAGAACUCAUCUUGUAAACACUCCUGCUCCUAGAUCUAAUGUAUUCAACAAAGUACACAGAAAAUAUCAGAGAAUAAGGGGUAAUCUAUUGGUAUCUCCUAAACGUAAACGACAAGAGAUUCAAACACAGCAAAAUAAGAAUAUUAAGGUGUUGACUACAUUCCCUCAAGUAAAAUUAAUGUCUGAUGUCAGUGAACCUCCCAAUAAAAUAGCAAAGGUUUCAACUCAUUUAAAGCAACUAACACAAUCAGAUGAUUCUCUUGAUGAAGAAUCAAAAUCCUUAAGAGAAAAAUUAGAACAGCAGAAACGAAUGCGUGCAGAGGUAAUUCGCCGUAAAGAGUUACGCCGAUUGAUGCAAGCUGAACAAAGACGGAAAGAUUUGCAAGACAAAUUAGCUGAACAAGAUCAAAAGACACCAUUAUCACAACAAAAACAGGAAGAGUCAAAACAAGUGCCCGGACAAUCAACAGCUGCAAAGGCAAAGGAACAGCAACUUGCACCCAAAAAUCUUCCCUUACAGCAGCAAAUCCGACCAUUGCGAGGUAGCAAAUCCAAAGUUUUACAAGGACGCACUUUAUCUGCAACACAAAUUCGAAUGCCAAAUCCAAACCAUGGUCAAAUGUUUGGGCAGCAAAGACCUAUGGCUCCUGGGCCAAAUCAACAUAGACCCUUAGGCAUGCAAGGUCAGCUGAGACCUGGGCAACCAUCUAAUCAACUGCGUCAUCAGAUGCCUGUCGGACCAAGACCUCUGUCUGCAGGAAACAUAAGGCAUCCAUCUCCCAGUGGUUUGAGACAUCCCUCACCAGGUGUACUCAGGCACCCCGGACUUCAAGGUCAUCCUCGGCCCAUGCGUGGACAGCCACACUUAAUGGGUCCUCCUCGACAACCUCGUAAUGCUCAGGAUCAACUUCGACCAUUGUAUUCCCCAGGUCAACAGAGGUUCAUGCCUCCGGCUGGCCAACAAAGGCCCAUGAUGCUUCAAGGAAGAGGGGGAAUUCGUGGCAUCAAUAUUCGUGGCCGUGGACGAGGAAUGCUUGGUAGAGGAGGGCAUCCCUUACCUAUGGGGCCCCUAGGUGAUGUACCACAGCAAACUAUUCCACAGGCACAAGCUAAACUGCCACUAACUUCUCCAAAGCAAGAAUUCUUAAAGAAAACUAAACUUAUUUUAAAGAAGGUGGUCAAAGGAUCAGUUUCUCAACCUGCUGUAACUAAUAAAACUCCUCCUGUUGGUGGAGGAAAGAAAGUACUUGUUCGUAAAAUCAGUCAGUCAUGUCCAAAUCAAGUGAGUGGCCCUCCUCAGGUCAAUCCUAGCCCCCAAGAUAAAAAGCCACCAGUAUUAAAGCAUCCAGUAAAUCGUCAAAUUCGUAUGCAAGGACCAAAUGCAGCUGGAGGCCAAGAUCGAGUGAAAUUUCCUAAUCCUUCUAUGGGAAGAGGACAACCUCUACAACGUCCCAUGGGAACGGGUCCUGUUAAUACAAGAAAAGUUCCGGUUAACUUAGCUGCUGCUAAGGAACAAACAAAUGUUGGUAGGCGUGUUUUACUUGACGGUGAUGGCAACACUGGCAAAAAGGCUACUAUGAUUGCUGUAGAUAAUCUUUCUUCCUCCACAACCGAAAGGACAAUUAACCAAAUGGCUAAGGCUUGUGGACAAGUUGAGUCUUUACAGCUUUUGAAAAGUCAGCGCAAAGCACUCAUUCGAUUCAGAACUGGUGACCAGGCACAAAAAUUUUUCAAGAAAUUUCAUCGUCACAUGUUGGACUUAUCUCACAUCAAUGUAACAGUACUGCCUGCUUCCUAA